AUGGCGGCCUCCUCCCGCAGGGGCACGGGCGGCGCCGCGCUGGGUUCCGCCGGGCCCGGCUCGGCUCCGGUCGGCGCGGCGCGGCUCCGCUCGGUCGUUGUCUUCCCGGAGCGACGGGUGCGCGUCCCCGCCGCGGCGCCCUCCCCUUUACAACAAAAGCGCUCUCGGGGAGCCGCGCAGAGCGAGUGCGGCACCGCCGCCCGCCCCGCCCCGCCUCUAGCCCGCCCCUCCCCGGCGGCCGCCCCGCCCCGCCCCCGGCCGCCCCCCUCACCCAGUGACACACUUUCCGCGCCGGCGGCACCGCUCACGUGCGGCGGGAGCGUGCGGGAGAGCGGGGGCACUGCGGCGGCGGGGGCAGCGCACGGAGCGGGGGUCCCCCCGCCCUUCGCCGGGCGGUGCGGUGGGGGAGCCCCGCCGAAGUCACCGCCGCUGCCGCAACCGGCGCGGCGCUCGCCCACCGCGGCCGCGGCGCCGCGGGGCACGGUGAGGGGCGGCGGUGUGUGUCAGCUGCUCCGCCGCCGAGCACCGGCAGGAAAUGCCACCGCUGUGACUGCCGCAGCUGACGAGCUCUCUCCUAUCCCGACAGGAGCAUCUGACAGCUCCCAGUCCCAACUGUCAUCACUCCGUGCCCUCUGA